ACGUGACGCUAGCCACCUUGCACAAGCGCCGCGAGCGAAGCAGCGGCCAACACGCAUCGAUAGCGUCUCCGGAGGGGCGCUUGUGAGGCCUUGUGAAUCCCUGCUGUAUCGGCACGGUUGUAGGCGAGGCACGCGCUGCACCAGUGCACCGCUGCUAGUCACACGCUGCACGCUGUCGCCGCGCGCGCGACGCUCACUGAGACAUAUAAGAAUGCUGACGAUGAUCGCACUCUUCGCAAGCGCAUUGCGGCCCGCGCGCGCGCUGCUGCAAGCGCCAACGCGCUGUCGCGCGACGCGCCUCUUUGCCCGCCAGCCCGGCGGUCGCAACCCCGAGAAAUUUGAAAGAAGUGACCUCACGAUCACCGAAUGGCCGCUGCCCGUUUUACGCAACACGAACAACCCCGUGGAGGAUUUCGACGACGAAUUCAGAAGUCUCUGCAGCGAGAUGAUGGACGUCAUGUAUCAAGCGGAUGGUGUCGGCCUCGCCUCCACACAAGUGGGUAUUGACAAGCGGUUCUUCGUCUACAACCCCACCGGAGAUCGCUCACGGAAGGACUUCGAAGUGAUUGUGGCAAACCCGAAUAUUUUUGAAUAUUCAGAGCAGACGGAGACCGACGAAGAAGGCUGUCUGUCGUCAAGGUCGGAGGAGUGCGCGGGUCGAGUGACGCGGUCGAGUUGGAUCUGGGUCGAAUACCAGGACGAAGAAGGCCGGCAAAAACGGAAGAAACUGAAGGGCUUCGAAGCGCGGGUCUUCCAGCACGAGUACGACCACAUCGAGGGCGUGCUGCACUUCGACCGCUUCUCGGAGAAAGAUCGCGCGCGCAUCCAGCCGACUUUAGACAUGUUGCUCGAGGCGCACGGGCCGGGCGGCGUGCUGGAGCUGUCCGACGAAAAGAAGGCGGCGCUCCAGCCGCCCCUGACAGCGUCGAGGAUGCCGCCCGCGGUUGAAGCGGCGGCGCCCAAAAAAAAGAAGAAGAAGCCCGCGACGGCGGGCUUCGGGGGCUUCGGGGGCGGCAAGAAGAAACGGUAA